AUGCCACAGAUCAACUCUUUGGCCACAUCCAAGGGACUAAUCUCUGGGGAUCUGUGUUAUAUGGAGGCGGACGGCACAAGGAUCGACUGCCGCUCCAGCACGGUUGUUUCUGCAGUUUCAUCAAACAUUGCAGGGAUUAGAAAUAUGGUCUCCUCUGCAAAGUUUGUCAUGAUAGUAGAGAAAGAUGCAACGUUUCAGAGACUGCUGGAUGACAACUUCUGCACAAAGCUGUCUCCUUGCAUCAUGAUUACAGGUAAAGGCGUGCCAGAUGUGAACAGCAGGUUGAUGGUGAGGAAGCUUUGGGACACGCUGCACAUCCCCAUCUUCGCUCUGGUGGAUGCUGACCCGCAUGGAAUUGAGAUCAUGUCCAUCUACAAGUACGGAUCAUUGUCCAUGUCGUUCGAGGCCCACAGCCUGACCGUCCCCAGCGUUAUGUGGCUAGGCCUCCUCCCCUCUGACCUCCAGAGGUUGCGGGUUCCAGAGGACGCUUUGAUCCCCCUCACCAAGAGAGAUGAAAGUAAACUCAUUAGCCUCCUCCAAAGGCCGUACUCAGCCAGCCAACCAGAGUGGCUGAAAGAGAUGGAAAUCAUGCAGCGGAGUAAGGUCAAAGCUGAAAUACAGUCACUAGCAGCCAUUGCUCCAGAUUUCCUCACCAACAUUUACCUGCCCAAUAAGCUGCGUUAUGGAGGCUGGGUUUGAACACAAUGCUGCCACCUAGCGGAAUAACAAGGGAAGUGCUAGAGCUGGUUGCACAAUUAAAGAAAGAUAUUAAAUGUGUGUGUGUGUGUGUGUGUGUGUGUGUGUGUGUGUGUGUGUGUGUGUGUGUGUGUGUGUGUGUGUGUGUGUGUGUGUGUGUGUGUGUGUGUGUGUGUGUGUGUGUGUGUUUUCUAAUUGCAGUUCAUAAAUAUCUAAUCCUAUAAUUAAAACUAAUUCCUA